GAUUAACAACAAAAAAGUGCCCCUACCCGUCGAAAACCAACCAACAGCAACAACUCCUGGUCGCGGUACCUUCUCAGUAACCCGAACCACAGCGCAGCCAGUUCAUGCACUCGUACCGUUCAAAACGCACCUCCGAUCGCGCGGAAAAGUCACGACCCACCGAAUCCGGCGAGUUCGCGGUCCAUUAGGAUUUUUUUUUCAUGAAUGAAAAAUCACCGUAGCAAGUGAAAACUAGUGCCUUUUUAGUGUGCCGAAAAAUUUAUAUUAUAUUGUUUGCGCAGCUUCAUAACAAGCAGCGUUUAACUCUAUCCACGCACAUGUCUACCCCAUCAAAGAAUGGUUAAACAAGGCGGUGUAGUGUGGUGUUUCAAGGACAACCAAUGGGUUCCACUCCAGCUGUCCUCGAUCCGUCUACACGGAGUGCUCACCCAGGCUCACUGGGCGGCCCUUUCAGAGUUCCUGGAAAGAGUCGCCAACAAGCAGAUGAUUCUGCAAGAUAACAAUUUCACCGAGCUGACCGAUAAGCAUCGUGAACUCCUCCUGAAUAGUGAUAAACAAAAUGUGAUAAAACAGCAAGUAUUGACUGAUAGUAAUAGUAGCAUAGUAACGGAACGAAAAACUAGCCUAAGUCAGAUUCCCGAGGAGAGGGUGGUGGUGGAGCUGCCCAGGAAGACGUCGAUGCCCGAGUUACGGUCACUGACGCAAAAACGUGCAGGCAACGUAGAUAAUUUAUUUAACGAUGAUAAUGCGCAGAAGACUGAACCUAGCUCUAAGAUAUCCAAAGAUAAUGACGAGCUGGUACUCAGAUUGCUUAAGAAAUAUUGCAAGUAUAGUAAAGAUACUUUUGACGAUGAGAUACUUAGUGCCAUUGAAAAUAUCCCUGAUGGUGAGGUAAGAGAGCAACCUCCCCCUAGAGUAAGAAAGAUGGGAUAUGUCCCCAAAGAAGACAAAAUCUACGAAAACGUGAAUGAAAUGAUCCUAGACUCCUUAGAAGAUAGCAAAAACGAGCAUGUGAUACGUUGGCUAAAGCAACAAAAUAGCUCAGGAAAAAUCUCGUUCGUAGAUACACUAUUACCGCCACGCAGACACUCCUCGGUAGAACUUCCUGUCUCCUCCCCGACGGAUAGUCGCAAAAGUGUUGUUUCGGAUCGCAAGUCUUCAUCAUCGGGAUUCGAAAGCUGCUCCAUACCAGAAAGUAGAAAAUCUUCUUGGUGCGAGAGCACGCUGACGAGUAGGAAGAGUAGCGUGGGCUCGACCAGUUCUUGCUCCGAAUGCGAGGAAGCUGAUACGCAGAACCAGUGGCAGCGGUUCCUUAGGAGACACUUGAAUUCGAAAAAUUCGGAGAAACGAUUAAGGAAACAGUGGGAGGCUUGGGCGAGAAACCGGAGGAGGUUGAGUUUACAGGCAGAACCUACCUGGAGCGAGAGUCAGUUAGAGAAUCAACCAUGGUAUUUUAAUAAAAUAAAACGAAUUGAAGCAGAGAAGAAGCUGCUACUACCGGAAAACGAACAUGGAGCUUUCUUGAUUCGUGACUCGGAAAGCAGGCACAAUGACUACUCUUUGUCUGUAAGAGACGGAGACACAGUAAAACACUAUCGUAUCCGAAAACUCGACGAGGGUGGAUUUUUCAUAGCCCGAAGAACGACCUUUAGGAACUUGCAAGAGCUGGUAGAACAUUAUAGCAACGACGCAGACGGCCUGUGCGUGAACUUAUGCAAACCAUGUGUUCAAGUGGAGAAACCCCAACCGGAAGGGCUGUCUCAUAGGACCCGCGACCAAUGGGAGAUCGAACGAACAUCAUUGAAAUUCGUCCGGAAGCUUGGACAUGGACAAUUUGGAGAAGUUUGGGAAGGAAUGUGGAACAACACCACGCCGGUCGCUAUAAAAACUUUACGGCCUGGAAGUAUGGAUCCUAAGGAUUUCCUGGCAGAAGCUCAAAUAAUGAAAAAACUGCGACAUCCCAAACUAAUCCAGCUCUAUGCAGUCUGUACUGUGGAGGAACCGAUUUACAUUAUAACCGAAUUGAUGAAGAAUGGUUCUCUCUUAGAAUUUUUGCAAGGAAAGGGCAAAGUAUUAAAGCUCCAACAGCUGAUUGACAUGGCUGCCCAGAUUGCGGCUGGUAUGGCCUACUUAGAAAACCAGAACUACAUCCACAGGGAUUUAGCUGCAAGAAAUGUAUUGGUUGCUGACAGUAAUAUCGUUAAAAUUGCUGAUUUCGGUUUGGCUCGGCUCAUCAAGGAAGACGAAUAUGAAGCGAGGGUAGGCGCGAGAUUCCCGAUCAAAUGGACCGCACCGGAAGCAGCCAACUACAGUAAAUUCUCAAUAAAAUCAGACGUAUGGUCCUUCGGUAUUCUCCUUACCGAAUUAGUUACCUUCGGUCGGAUACCUUACCCCGGCAUGACUAACGCCGAGGUACUCCACCAGGUGGAGCACGGAUACCGAAUGCCGACGCCUCCCAACUGUCCUCAGCGCCUCUACGAGAUUAUGCUCGAAUGUUGGCACCGUGACCCAUUGCGCAGACCGACCUUCGAGACCCUUCAGUGGAAGCUGGAGGACUUUUUCACCAUGGACGGAAGCGAGUAUAAGGAGGCUUCGGCCUACUGAGGCAUGGCCCACCCCCAAACCGACUGGUUGUGUAAUACCUUGGAGUUGCAUUACCAUUAGUAGGUAUGGGAGGUGGCGGAUGAGAUAGAUUAAUCAGGAAGUUGGAGAAGGGUCCUUUUAGGACGGUUUCUUGCAAUAAUUAUGGUUUGGAGGGGGGUUUUUGAGAAGAAGCUGGGCGGACCGCGUGUUUUGUUGGACGAGAUGAUUUAUGAGCUCUGACAUAAACUUCUAAGGGUUUAAUUAAAUUUGGAUAUUUGAUGUUUGUUUUCUAAUUGAUUGUUAUAUAACUUUUGAAUAUGAAACUUUGUAUUUAACUAAUUAUUUAUUUUGGUGAAUGUAUACCUUGUGGCAUUCACAAGAAAAUUAGCUCUAAAACACAGUUGAUAUUAAUAAAUGUUAAUUAACACUACUAAGUGUUUCUGAUAAGGUAGUAAUAUUGACUACACUUACUUUGACUUAAUUUCAAUUUAAUAUGUCAUUUGAGUUUCAUUCCUAAAAAUAGGAAGUUGAAUUUCGUUAUAAGACAGUGAAAGUUAAAUGAAAAUUAAACUUCUCAAAACUGGGUACUUUAACGAGAUUUAGUUUAUUGAAACUAAAAUUUACAAACUUUGAUUAAUUUAUCUAAUGGCAAAUAAAAUAUACUUUAUAUUUUAAUUAGUGCAACAUGCUGCAUGGCAGUUUCAUUAUAAAAUACAAAUUGAUACAUGUUUUCUAUUCCUGGAGGCACUAAAUUUAAUUUAUUGUAUUUAGUAAAGAAAUAUAUAAAUUUAUCAAUCGAAUUUAGAAUUAAAAGAGACAAAAUAAUUCGAUCAUUAUCACAACAAUGUAACCAUAUUAAAUUUUUUUUGUUGGUACAUACUUAAGCACUCUGAUUUCUUCAUAUCACUUACCUAGUAUUCCUAUAGCCUUUGAAACUGUUUGAUUCUUAAUAAAAUUAGGAUAAAUAUUUCCAUGCACAUUAAGAUACAGUAGUGGAAAAAAUAUAGAAACUUUUUAUGAUGAUGGUGGAUAAGUCCUAUUUGGCCCUUACACCUAUUUAGAAUUUGAGUUGUUUAUUUUUUAAACAACAUUUUUUUGUUUAGAUUUCUACCUUUGAAUAACAAGGAAUUUUCAUGUAAAAGUUGAAAAUAAGUAUGGAAAUUACUUAUUAUUAAAAAAACAAGUUGUGAACAUAAUGAUAAACACUUUUAGCCUUCUAGGCAUAGUCAACCAAUUUUUUGGAGAGUUUCUAGGAGAAUUUGCGACCACUCUAAUUGUAUGAUAUUAAACAAAUGCUGUUCAUUUUUAGCAUCAGAAUGGGAUUUAAGUUUGGAAAUUUAGAUAGCCAUUCAAGUACAGUUAUGUUUUCCUCGUCAAACCAAUCUUUUAUUAUCUGGGAAGAAGAUCUGUUGAAAUAUUCGCCGGUUUUCAAUAUUUCUUUGUAUUGAAAGCCGUCUAUUUUACCCUACACUUAAAUGAUUAACCCUGUUCCAUAUCGAGAAAAACAUCUCCAGCUCAUUACAUUUCCCUCUUCCAUGCUUUACAGUACGAAUUUUAUACUUUGCUUUAAAUCUUGUACCUACCACAUGAAAAAUAACGGUAUAUUGAUAAACUAAAAUAUCAUAAGACAGAAUUCAUAUAAGUAGUUUCCAUACUAAUUUUCAACCACACAUUUCUUAUCGCAGAAAAAACAUAAAUAAUGUUUCAAUAUUCACUAUUUGCCAUAUUACCUUACGUGUGAAUUAAGCUACUUCAAGACUGUUUUAACUCAAUUCAAAUUCAAAGCCAUUCAUUUUACCAUAAAUAUACAUAAUACUUGGAUAACAAUAUAAUUUAAGGUUAAUACGUGCGCUUGAACUUUUUGUUAUAAUUAUUAUUAUCCGGGAUAAUUUUUAGGUUCAGUUUUAUUAUUUCGUGAUAUUUAAUGAGUUGAAUAUUGAAUUAUUAAAUUAACUAUUUAUGAUUGAUCCUUAUUUCAAUCAGAUAAAAAACCAACAAAUGUGACAUUUAUGUUAAAAAAUAAAAACAGUUCCAAAUAUUUCUCUGUGCAAUCCUAAAACCCUAUUCAGUAAAUAAUAAAGUUCUACUGGCAUAGUAAUGUUAUACGAUAGUAAAAUAAUUUUUGAACUUCCAUUGUCUUUAUUUCAAAUUUAGCACGACGUUUCGAUUAAAAAAGUUAUCUGUUUACAAUUGAUAAUGAUUGGAGAUACGUCAUCCUAAAUAAAGAAAAUGGAAGUUCGAAAAUUAGAAUUUACUACUUUACCAUUGUCUACCACUUUCAAAAACAUAAUGUCAUACAAGAUUGCGGUUCUAGAAACAAUAUAGCCGAUUAUAGUCAGAAGUAAUGUGUUUUAUUAAAAUUUAUUGCUAUUUAGAGUUAACUAGAUCAAGGUUUUGUAUUUCAAAGUGGCUAACAACUUCAAAGAGAAUUAUUGAUUUAUAUAGAAGCUUUUUUUUUUAUUUCACAUGUAGUACUACCACUUGAAAGUCCAACUAUAUACAACGAUUUUUUAAAUAUUGCUAAAAUAUGCGAUGGCCUAAGCUAUUGUCAAAAACCCCUUCCAACCGAAACAUUUGUAAACAUUCUUUUUAUUUUUACAAAAUACAGUUUGAAUUUAUUUUUUAUACUUUUUAUGUCUUGAUUGUCUGUCGUUCUAUACUUUACGCUGUUUUAAUUUUUAAUUUAUUUGUAUACACUUUUUUUGAAAUUAUUAUAUUUAUAUCUUAUUAUAUUUAAAGUUAAAAAAAAUCGACUGGUUCGACGUAUUUACUAAAAAACAGUUAUUGUAAGUGUUAGGAAUGUUGUGAAAACUACCGAAUAUCGCUUUUUUUCGUAAUUAAAACAUUUUUUGUGCCACGAUUUCGGGGAAUUUUACCCUCGUAUCAGUUACAUCACGUUUUUAGAUGAAUUUGUAAAUAGUGUUGGAUAAAUAAACGUUUGACAACGCACAAAAAUUUUGGAAAAACUGCCAUUUAUAUUAUGAAGUGACCAUUGUGUGUGACUGUGACCUCUAAAAAUGUUGCUUUUUUUACAUUCCUAUUUAAUUUGCAGUCAAAAUUUCGCCCAAAACGAUUCAUUUUAUUCUAACGUAGUAUCGCAUUAUCAGAUAAUUGCAUUGUGAACCUCUUGUAUUUCUAUACGCGAAAAAACGUUUGUACGGUUAAUAAAAUCAUAUUAUAUAAUAUUUUUUGUAUUAUACACUGUAGUAUAUGAAGUUAAUAAAAUUAAUUAUUAUAUUAUA